CGGUCAGUGGAGUGCCUGUUAGCGCAGGCUGUGGUGUAAAGAUGGCUAAGUCUAAGAACCAUACCACCCACAACCAAUCAAGAAAAUGGCACAGAAAUGGCAUCAAGAAACCUAGGUCACAGAGAUACGAGUCUCUGAAAGGGGUUGACCCCAAUUUUCUGAGAAACAUGCACUUUGCCAAGAAACACAACAAGAAGGGACUGAAGAAGAUGCAGGCCAACAAUGCCAAAGCCAUCAAGGCCCGAGCAGAAGCCAUCAAAGCCCUGAGCACCAAGGCCUCCAAAGCCAAGCUCCUCUGGCACAAGAUGCCCAAGAUCCCCAAGGCCAGUGCCCAGCGUGCUGGCCUCAAGAUGGCCACCAAGUAUCCAGGCCCUAGGGUCGGCAUCAAAUGCCCAGGCCGCAAGAUCACAAAACCUGCCUCUAAGGUUGCCAGGACCACUGACUCCAAGGCCGCCAAGUCUGCCGCCAAGGUCAGUAAGUCUGAUCCCAAGGCUGCCAAGUCCAGCCCCAAGGUCACAAAGUCUACCAUCAAGGCAGCCAAGUCAGAUCCCAAGACAACUAAGUCUGAUCCCAAGGCUGCUAAGCCUGCUGAAUCCAAACCCAAAGAUGCUGAGGCUAAAGCUGCAAGUCCCAAGCCUUCAAAAUAGAUGCUUCAUUCAGGACAGAAGGACUUGU